AUGACAGGCUUCACUCGCCCCGGUUCACCGGUGAAACCUACCACCACAAUGUUCGGAUCUGGCCCGCAGACCGGCAUUUCGACGCCUCGCACCCAGGCGUCGUUGCGCCCGCUCGUCCUAUCCCACGGCUCGCUCGAAUACACGCUCCUCAUCCCCGUCGCUCUGCACUACAACGCUCAGCAAUUGCGGGAUGUAUUCACGGCAACCCUGCCCGAGCCCACAGACGAACUCGCACAAGACGAUGAGCCCUCAUCGGUACCAGAAUUGGUGGCUCGGUAUCUGGGUUUCAUCGCGAAGGAGGUCGAGGAAGGCGAGGACCCCGACACUUUCGAAGAGGUCCUGAAGCUGGUCCUCCAGGAGUUCGAACGCGCCUUCCUCCGCGGCAACGAGGUGCAUGCGCUUGCUGCGACCUUGCCAGGCAUUACCGACAAGAAGCUGGUCACGGUGCAAUCAUACUAUGCUGCUCGUGCAGCGGCCGAUAGGCCAAUCAAGUACCACGAGUCUGCGCUUCUUCGCGAAGCCUCUGACGAGAACGCCUUCAUCUACGCUGUUCUCGGUGGCCAGGGCAACAUCGAGGAGUACUUUGAUGAGCUUCGCGAAAUCUAUACUGCAUACCCCUCAUUCGUUGAAGACUUCAUUGCGGCCGAAGCGCAACACCUUCUUACCUUGUCCCGCGACCCGCGCGCCGAGAAGCUGUACUCCAAAGGCUUGGAUGUGAUGCGAUGGCUCAACAACCGGGACUCGCAGCCCGAUACGGACUACUUGGUUUCGGCGCCAGUCAGUCUGCCCUUGAUUGGGUUAACACAACUCGCCCACUACGUGGUCACGUGCAGAGUUCUUGGAAGCCAUCCCGGUCAUUUCCGAAGCCGCAUGAGCGGUGUUACUGGUCAUUCGCAGGGUGUAGUAACCGCUGCAGCCAUUGCUGAGUCGAAGAACUGGGAAACGUUCGAGCAGGCCGCCAAGCGGGCCAUCGAAAUCCUCUUCUGGAUCGGUUCUCGCAGUCAACAGGCUUAUCCUCGCACAUCACUUGCACCUACUGUUCUGCAAGACUCCCUUGACAAUGGAGAGGGUACACCAACCCCCAUGUUGUCAAUCCGUGACCUUUCCCGGAAAGCGGUUCAGGACCAUAUCGACGCAACGAACCAGCAUUUGCCACCUGAGAGGCACAUUGCGAUCUCUUUGGUCAACAGCGCCCGCAACUUUGUUGUAACGGGCCCUCCGAUCUCGCUGUAUGGUCUUAACCUGCGCCUACGAAAAGUCAGGGCCCCUACCGGCCUGGAUCAGACUCGAAUUCCAUUUACAGACCGCAAGGUCCGCUUUGUCAACCGCUUCCUUCCUAUCACCGCCCCUUUUCACAGCCCCUACCUUGCGGAGGCGGCGAAACAGCUUGAGGAAGAUUUGAAAGACAUCCAUAUCUCUCCACGUGAUCUUGGCAUCGCCAUGUACGAUACGCACACUGGCGAAGAUCUCCGCGAGUCAUCAGACGACGACGUCGUUCCGAGGCUCGUGCGCAUGAUCACGAACGACUCUGUUGAGUGGGAGAAGGCUACAGUAUUCCCCAAGGCUACGCACAUUCUUGAUUUCGGACCUGGAGGCAUUUCCGGUCUGGGUGUUUUGACCAACCGCAACAAGGACGGAACUGGCGUCCGAGUUAUCUUGGCGGGCGCAAUUGAUGGGCAAAACCCCGAGGUCGGAUACAAGCCUGAGAUUUUUGACCGCGAUUUCGACCAUGCUGUCAAGUACGCAGUCGAUUGGGUCAAGGAGCAUGGCCCUCGUUUAGUGAAGACAUCCACUGGGCAGACCUACGUUGACACCAAGAUGAGUCGCAUGCUUGGACUUCCUCCGGUUAUGGUCGCUGGUAUGACGCCUUGCACAGUCCCAUGGGAUUUUGUUGCCGCCACAAUGAACGCUGGUUACGAGAUCGAGCUUGCAGGUGGUGGCUACUACAACGAAAAGACAAUGACUGCUGCGAUCGACAAGGUCGAGAAGGCAAUUACUCCCGGACGUGGCAUCACAAUUAACUUGAUCUAUGUCAAUCCCCGUGCCAUGGCGUGGCAGAUCCCUCUUCUAGGUAAGCUGCGCGCUGACGGUGUUCCGAUUGAGGGUUUGACCAUCGGUGCCGGUGUGCCGUCGAUCGAAGUCGCCAACGAGUACAUUGAAACCUUGGGAAUCAAACACAUCGCUUUCAAACCCGGUUCUACAGAGGCUAUCCAGCAGACGAUCAACAUUGCCAAGGCGAACCCUGGGUUCCCUGUCUUGAUGCAGUGGACUGGUGGGCGUGGCGGAGGUCACCAUUCUUUUGAGGACUUCCACCAGCCUAUCCUCCAGAUGUACGGCCGCAUUCGCAAGUGCGAUAACCUUAUCUUGGUUGCUGGAUCUGGUUUCGGUGGUGCCGAAGACACCUAUCCUUACCUCACUGGUACCUGGUCCACUGCGUUCGGCUACCCUCCGAUGCCAUUUGAUGGAUGUCUGUUUGGCAGUCGCGUGAUGACUGCGAAGGAGGCGCAUACGUCCAAGGCAGCCAAGCAGGCCAUUGUCGACGCUCCUGGACUCGACGAUGGCGACUGGGAGAAGACGUACAAGGGACCUGCUGGCGGAGUCAUCACUGUUCGGUCCGAAAUGGGUGAGCCAAUUCACAAGCUGGCCACCCGCGGUGUACUAUUCUGGCACGAGAUGGACCAAAAGAUCUUCAGCCUGGACAAGGCCAAGCGCAUUCCGGAACUGAAAAAGAUGCGUGAGCACAUCAUCACCAAACUGAACAACGACUUCCAGAAGGUAUGGUUCGGUCAGAACAAGAACGGCGAAUCUGUCGACCUUGAGGACAUGACAUACGCCGAGGUAGUGCAGCGUAUGGUCGACCUUAUGUACGUCAAGCAUCAAGACCGCUGGAUUGACCAGAGCUUGAAGAGAUUAACGGGCGACUUCAUCCGUCGUGUCGAGGAACGCUUCAGCAAAUCCAACAGUGAAUCGCUCAUCCAGACCUACGAAGAGCUUAAUACGCCAUACCAGACGAUCGAGAAGGUCUUCAAGGUUUACCCCGAAGCUUCUGAGCAGCUCAUCAAUGCCCAAGAUGUACAACACUUCCUCUUGCUCUGCCAGCGUCGCGGACAGAAGCCUGUGCCUUUCGUGCCCGUUCUUGAUGACACCUUUGAGUUCUUCUUCAAGAAGGAUUCGUUAUGGCAGUCCGAGGAUUUGGAUGCCGUAGUUGACCAGGACGUCGGCAGGACUUGUAUCCUGCAGGGUCCAAUGGCUGCAAAAUACUCCACUAAAGUCGAUGAACCCGUAAAGGAUAUACUAGAUGGAGUCCACAAUGGUCAUAUUCAAUACCUCCUUCGCGACGUCUACGGCGGAGAUCAAUCAAAGGUUCCUGUCAUUGAAUAUUUUGGCAGUAAGCCGGUCGAAAGUAUCGAAGGUGUCGAGGUUGACGGACUGACGGUUUCCCAACUCGAAAACAAAAUCGUAUACCGACUUUCAACUGCGCCGAACUCUAUCCUCCCGGAGGUCAAACCUUGGCUGCAUCUUCUUGCUGGUGCUGCUUAUUCGUGGAGGCAUGCGUUCUUCGCUGCCGACAUUUUCGUUCAGGGUCAGCGAUUUCAGACCAAUCCAGUUAGCAGGAUCUUUGCUCCCACGCCUGGCAUGAUCGUUGAAAUUGCCAACCCGAAGGAGCCCGCCAAGACCGUUAUCACUGUUAAGGAGCCCUCCACCGGUGGUAAACAUGUCAAGACGGUCGAAGUAAGCUUGGUCAAGGAUGAAAUUGUCUUGAACAUGUUUGAGGAGCGCACUGCCCUCAAGCAGCCAGCCGCGCUGCCACUAAAGUUCCACUACCGUCCAGAGUACGGGUAUGCUCCUAUACACGAGGUCAUGGAUGCACGCAACGACCGAAUCAAGGAGUUUUACUACAAGAUUUGGUUCGGUGACGAAGCUUGCCCCUUCGAGACAUCCGUGACCUCCAAGUUCGACGGUGGCCGCGCAACCGUUACAAGCGAGGCCAUCAAUGACUUCGUGCAUGCUGUAGGCAACACUGGCGAGGCUUUCGUUGAGCGUCCCAACAAGGAGAUCUUCGCUCCUAUGGACUUCGCCAUCGUGGUGGGCUGGAAGGCUAUUACAAAGCCAAUCUUCCCGCGGGCUAUCGAUGGCGACCUCCUCAAGCUUGUCCAUCUGUCCAAUGGCUUCCGCAUGCUUCCUGGCGCAGAGCCACUGAAGAAGGGCGAUGUCCUCGAUACUACUGCUCAGAUCAAUGCGGUGCUCAACCAAGAUUCUGGCAAGAUGGUCGAGGUUUGCGGCACCAUCACUCGUGAUGGCAAGCCUGUCAUGGAAGUCACUUCUCAAUUCCUCUACCGCGGCGCGUAUGAUGACUUCGAGAACACCUUCCAGAGGAAGACUGAGGUUCCUAUGCAGCUCCAUUUGGCUACCAGCAAGGAUGUUGCUAUCUUGCGCUCCAAGGAAUGGUUCAACAUGGAUGAGCCGGACGUCGAACUGCUGAACAAGACCUUGACAUUCAAAUUGGAAAGCUUCAUUCGGUACAAGAACAAGACCGCAUUCUCAGAAGUUCAAACUGUUGGCGAGGUCUUGCUUGAGCUUCCCACCAAGGAGAUCAUCCAGAUCGCUUCCGUCGAUUACUCUUCUGGCACAUCCUACGGCAACCCUGUGCUUGAUUACUUGGAGCGCAAUGGAUCUGCUAUCGACCAGCCCGUCAACUUUGAGAACGCGAUCCCGCUGAACGGCAAGACUCCUCUAACACUAAAGGCUCCCGCUUCUAAUGAGACUUACGCACGUGUUUCCGGCGACUACAACCCCAUCCACGUGUCUCGCGUCUUCUCGAGCUAUGCCAACCUCCCUGGCACAAUCACCCACGGCAUGUACUCCAGUGCCGCUGUUCGUAGCUUGGUCGAGACUUGGGCCGCUGAGAACCAUAUUGGUCGUGUUAGGAGCUAUCAUGUGAGCCUCGUAGGCAUGGUGUUGCCCGAUGACAUCUUGGACGUCAAACUUCAACACACUGGCAUGGUAUCUGGACGCAAGAUCAUCAAGAUCGAAGUGAGCAACAAGGAGACGGAAGACAAGGUCCUUUUGGGCGAGGCUGAGGUCGAGCAACCCACAACUUCAUACGUCUUCACUGGUCAAGGUUCGCAAGAGCAAGGCAUGGGUAUGGAGCUUUAUGCCAGCAGCCCUGUGGCUAAGGAGGUCUGGGACCGUGCCGACAAACAUUUCAUGGACAACUAUGGCUUCGCCAUCACCAAUAUUGUCAAGAACAACCCGAAGGAGCUGACUAUCCACUUUGGUGGUCCCGUCGGUAAAGCCAUUCGUCAAAACUACAUGUCCAUGACAUUCGAGACUGUCGGCUCCGAUGGCAGUGUCAAGUCGGAGAAGAUCUUCAAAGAGAUUGACGAAAACACGACUUCGUACACUUACCGAUCCCCAACUGGCCUUCUGUCCGCCACUCAAUUUACCCAGCCCGCCCUUACCCUCAUGGAGAAGGCGUCGUUCGAGGACAUGCGUUCCAAGGGCCUGGUGCAGCGUGACAGUACCUUCGCUGGACAUUCGCUUGGAGAAUACUCGGCUCUUGCAGCCCUCGCUGAGGUCAUGCCUAUCGAGAGCUUGGUCUCGGUUGUGUUCUACCGCGGUCUAACGAUGCAGGUCGCUGUCGAGCGUGACGAGACGGGACGAUCCAACUACUCCAUGUGCGCUGUCAACCCGAGCAGGAUCUCGAAGACGUUCAACGAACAGGCACUGCAGUACGUGGUUGAAAACAUCUCAGAGCAGACCGGAUGGCUUUUGGAAAUUGUCAACUACAACAUCGCGAACAUGCAGUACGUCUGCGCUGGUGACCUUCGGGCUUUGGACUGUCUUACCAACGUCACCAACUACCUCAAGGCCCAAAAGAUUGACAUUCAGGCGCUCAUGCAAAGCAUGUCCAUCGAGGAUGUCAAGGCGCACCUUGUGGAGAUCAUCCAGGAGUGUGCCAAACAGACAGAAGCCAAGCCCAAGCCGCUCGACCUCCAGCGCGGUUUUGCUACAAUCCCGUUGAAGGGUAUCGAUGUGCCCUUCCACAGCACCUUCCUGCGAUCUGGUGUCAAGCCCUUCCGGAACUUCCUGCUCAAGAAGAUCCACAAAACAUCGAUCGACCCCUCGAAGCUGGUCGGCAAGUACAUUCCUAAUGUCACCGCGAAGCCGUUCGCACUCACGAAGGAGUACUUCGAGGAUGUGUACAAGCUGACUAACUCGCCCAAGAUUGGUAACAUUCUUGCCAACUGGGAAAAGUAUGAGGAGAAGGAAGAACCCAAGUCUGCGGCUGCUUAG